GUCUCAUUAUUCAGAGGUUUGAGGGACCCUGGAAGGAAGCUCUGCCAGUUUGUUAAGAGCAGCACAAGCAGUGAUGGAAGAACUUACAGCUUUUGUAUCUAAGUCGUUUGAUCAGAAGAUAAAGGAGAAGAAAGAGAUGAUCACUUACCGGGAGGUGCUGGAGAGCGGGUCGGCCCGUGGGAAGGAGCCUGGCUGUGGAGAAGGGGCCCGGGAGGACGGGAUACCGGGGGUCCGGGGACUAGGAGGGGGUGGCGGCGGUGGAGGUGGUGGAGGAGGAGGUGCCAGAUCACCGGUACUGGAGCUCGAUCUCACCGCAGACAGGAUCAGGGACUCUGGGAGCCCAAAACUCACUGAGGUAUCCCCAGACAUGAAAGACCGCAAAGACGACCUAAAAGUACUAGAAGAGGAAGGUCAGACUAAAAUCAAGCAGAGAAGGAGUCGGACUAAUUUCACCCUGGAACAACUGAACGAGCUGGAGAGAUUGUUUGAUGAAACCCACUACCCUGACGCCUUUAUGAGAGAGGAGCUGAGCCAGCGGCUGGGGCUGUCAGAGGCCCGAGUGCAGGUCUGGUUUCAAAACAGGAGAGCAAAAUGCAGAAAACAAGAAAACCAGCUUCAUAAAGGGGUCUUAAUAGGAGCAGGAAGCCAAUUUGAAGCCUGUCGUGUAGCACCUUAUGUCAAUGUUGGAGCUCUGAGGAUGCCAUUUCAGCAGGAUAGUCAUUGCAACGUGCCAUCCUUGUCCUUCCAGGUCCAGGCACAAUUACAGUUGGACAGUGCUGUGGCGCAUGCGCAUCAUCACCUGCACCCUCACCUGACAGCACAUGCUCCCUACAUGAUGUUCCCGGCUCCACCAUUUGGUCUCCCUUUGGCAACACUGGCGGCAGAGACGGCAACAGCUGCGUCUGUGGUAGCUGCUGCUGCAGCUGCCAAAACCACAAGCAAGAACUCUAGCAUUGCAGAUCUCAGACUGAAGGCCAAAAAACAUGCUGCUGCGCUGGGACUGUGACUGGCACCGCUGGCUCCCUCAGCCAGCAGAACCCUUCAGACAUUUUCUUUACCCCGUUAUCCUUAUUUAUAAUCUGGAGUCUAAAACUCAACCAAAAUAUUUUCACUUUACAAACCAUUUUAAGGAUCCAAAAAGAUAAAGGAAUAGGAUGCUUCUCGUACUUUUUAUGAGUUGUGAAAGCUUAUGCACCAGAAGAUCCUACAAACAACACUUUGGUCAACUAAAAGGUAUCAUCACAUAUGAAAGAAUCUAAUUCUUUAUGGGACAACUAGAGCUAUGACUCCCUUUAAUAAAGGACAAACCACAGAGACAAAGUAUUAAAUAUAUUUCUUAAAACAUCAGGGGAUUGGGGGAUUUUAUACUAAUGUGUGUGAGCGAAAAGUGGGAGGGAGGGGAGCACACCACUUUUUUUGUUCCUGUUGAACAUAAAAGAAAAGAGCAAAAGGACAAAAUGGUUCGGAGAUGAUGAAGAGGGAGGGAAACGAGGACGUUCACAGGUUUUGACACUGAUCCUUUUGUGCAAAGUUCACUUUAAUACAAGGAAUUUGACAAGUGAGGCGGGCCUCCUUAUAUCUUAUCUUAUGGAAUCUCCCAUAUUUAUGGAAGAAUGACUAGUAUAAAAAUAAACAAAUUAAGGACAAUUUAUCUGCAGAUUUUUAGUUGCAGACCCUAAAGCAGAUUAAUUGUUCGCAUGUUCUUACCAUUUAAUUGAUGAUGUUUUUUGACCCACUUGCACUUCAUCCUCAAUUUAAUUAGGACACAAAAGACAAGAGAUUGAUGCCUAUAUAUUUACAUUUCUUGGACAACCAAAAACAUCACCAACAAAAAAUAAAAUAAGAUGUCAAAUGCCCCAAAAUCUUUCUUAGAAAUUCACAUCUAAUAUUCAGAGUAAUGAAGGAUUCAUGUCCUGUUUACCUUAAUCAGGAGUGUACUGUAUUAAAGAUGAUAUUUAAUGCACAUCUCAUGCUAGCCUAUAUAUGGCUACAUGUAAAAUUUGUUAAUACACAUGAACAAAGUUUAUUUUGGUUACAUUGUGAAUUUAUAGUUAGCAUUUGCAUUUUAAUUUCAUAAAAGGUGUAUUCUAUUCAAGUAUCUUGUGACAUUUAUUUUGAAUACAUAUAGAUAUUUAAUGUGGGGUACCCUAAAAUGGAACUUGAUAUCGCAAUUUGCGAGAAAACCCGAUAUGGAUUUUUUUUUUGGACACUAAAGAAGACAAAGGAAAAUAAGCUCUUCUAUAAAUGAACUUUACUGGGUGAAAUUUGUACGUAUUUGUUCUCCAUGAAAACAAGUUAUUUAUAUAUUAUAUCAUAUUUUUCCCAGUGUGCUUUAAGUUAUUUUACAACACUUUGUAUGUUAUUUUUGAAUUACAUUUGAUGUUGGUACAGACUAUUUUAAAAUCACUCAGGUUUAUUUCAUCUUUGUUAAUCCAAUUUUGGCAACAUAAUUUUAAAUAUAAAAGGUGAUAAUCA